GGAGGUUUAUAAGAAAGGACCAGUUGAUUGUUAGCAUAUUUUUUGUUUUGUUUCAGAAUUGAGACUUUGGGAGGAAGAAGAAAGAAAUCUGUUUUCUGAAGGUGGAGGUGCCAAGGGAAUCUCAAUUCUUGUUCCUCCUCCUCCUCUUCUUCUUCCUCAUUAGUUGUUUAUGUUUUUAUAUAUAAUCCAACUCUCUCUUUCUCUCUCUUGAUUUCAACAACUUGGUUUCAAGUUCAUAAACAAGGGAGAGAAAGAAUUGUUUCUUGUCUUCAAGAGUUGGUUAUGUUAUCCCUUAAUUCCAACAAAAAUAGUACUUUCUAAAUGCUUCUCUACUUACUCAUCACUUGUCUCUCUUUUUUCUUCUUUGCCAAAUCUUUACCCCUUCCUCCAUGGGUAUCUAAAACCAAAACUUUGCACUCCUUCUACUUCUCCAAGAACUUUUUUACGAACAGUCUACACCCAACCACACCUGAUCUAGCCUCUCCGGUGCUCGGCCAAAUGUCGAUCCUUGACCUCCCUGACCUUCCUCUCGAUUGCAUUCUUGACAAUCUUUCACCCUCUGGACUAUGUAGCAUGGCUAGGGUCUGUAGCUCGUUAAGAGAGAGAUGUGUAAGUGAUCAUCUGUGGGAGAAACACUUGAAGACAAAAUGGGGAAAAAUCCUUGGACCUUCUGCUCACAAAGAGUGGCAAUGCUAUCUCUCUUCUCCAUAUCAUCUUGAUUCUCCUCAUCACCAAACUAGUCAUCAUGGAUUGACCAAAAUCAUAUCUCUUAUUCGAUCUCUUUCAUCGAUUUUAGGAGAUGAUAAUCAUAGAAGGAGAUAUCCAUCUUCUAUUCCUCUUGAUUCUACCAUGAGCUUCUACCUCUCCCUUGAAACAGGUCGCUUUUGGUUUCCAGCUCAAGUUUACAACCGUGAGAAUGGACAUGUAGGGUUCAUGUUGUCAUGCUAUGAUGCUGAGCUCAGCUAUGACACCCACACUAAUACUUUUCAAGCUAGGUAUCCACCACAUGGUAGAAGAGCAAUUGCGAUUGAAAAGGAUGUGACAUGGGAAAGGAUAAGAGCAGCUCCCAUUGAUGCAUCACCUCAUCAUCUCUAUGUGUCAGAUUCUCUAAACGAAUUAAAACCUGGAGAUCACAUAGAGAUCCAGUGGAGAAGGAACAAAGAGUUUCCUUAUGGAUGGUGGUAUAGUGUUGUUGGCCACUUGGAAUCUUGUGAUGGCAAUCUUAACCAUUGUCAAUGCCAUAUUAGCGAGAUGAUGGUGUUGGAAUUUAACCAGUACACAGUCGGAUCAAGGUGGAGAAAAACGAUGAUUAACAGGAGAGAUCAUAGAGAGAAAGGUAACGAGGAAGACGGGUUCUAUGGAGGAAUUCGAAAGCUAAAAUGUAAAGAAGAUAUAGAAAUGUGGAAGCGUCUUUGGCCAUCCUCCAUCUUGGAGUAGGAUGUUAAUUUUAGAAGUGUUUUCUCUUGUAUCCAAUGUAUAAUUGAUCGUUAAUUAUUUAUUGAUAAAAUAGUAAAAAUAUACAUGAAAUUAUUGCGUCACUUGAAAAUGAGGUUGUUCGAUUUGAGAAGAAAUAUGGUGUUGUAUAGGAAAAAAUUAAUACAAUUGAUUAGAGAUA